CUUGCUGCUCGGUCGAUGAAAAGCGCCCCGUCACGCCCCGUUCUGCGACGCUCUGGAACGCCGAGCCGGACUCUCCGGGUUAUCUCACAGUCGCGGCCGCGCACCCUCCAGCCGACAUGCCGUUCGUGGAGCUGGACACGAAUCUGCCAGCUGAUCGCGUGCCCGCGGGGCUGGAGAAACGGCUCUGCGCGGCUACAGCCUCCAUCCUGGGCAAACCCGAGGAGCGCGUGAACGUGACGGUGCGGCCCGGCCUGGCCAUGACGGUAAACGGUUCCUCAGAGCCCUGUGCACAGCUGUUCGUGUCGUCCAUCGGUGUAGUGGGCACUGCCGAGGAGAACCGCGGACACAGCGCCCAGUUCUUCGAGUUCCUUACCAAGGAGCUGCCCCUGGGCCAGGACCGGAUAAUUAUCCGCUUUUUCCCCCUGGAGCUCUGGCAGAUUGGCAAGAAAGGGACAGUCAUGACUUUCUUAUGAUUGGCACAGAGGGCAUCCAGGGCAUGUGAGCUGGCUGCCUCCUCCGAAGUGGCCUCCCAGCAGAGCGAAGGCCUGGUGGGUACCAGCUUCUGGCACCCCCUCACGCAGAUAUGCCUGUAACUUCACAGUCCUUUUCUUCCCCAUACCAAAUAAAUGAACAGAGAGCUUCCUCCUUGAAA